UUUUGUCUAUCCAUUUGGAGGUGGAAGGGAAAAUUCAGAAUUCAGAUUACCAGAGUCACGGGGGAGCGGACGAAUCCGAGAAAUUCACAGUUCUUCUUCUUCUUCUUCUUCCUUCUCCAUUUCUAAUCUCUGAUCUGAAUCACAAACCAGAUUCGAUUCAAUUCAAUUCAAUUCCGGUUUGGUAAUCGGAGACACCAUGCGCCGGGAGGUGAUAUUGCCGUUGUUCGUACUCAGCUUCUUCGCCGUAGAUCUUGUUCCAACUGCCCAUUCGAUCUGGUUGAACUUACCUCCGUCUGGAACCAAGUGCGUCUCCGAGGAAAUCCAGGGUAACGUAGUUGUUCUUGGCGAUUAUGUCGUCGUCGCCGAUCAGUCUCACGCCCCUACCAUUUCUGUCAAGGUAACAUCUCCAUACGGGAACAAUCUUCAUCUCUCGGAGAACGUAACGCAUGGUCAGUUUGCGUUUACAACUACUGAGGCUGGUAACUACCUAGCAUGUUUCUGGCUGACUGACCUCAAGCAUGAAGCUGGGGUAGAGAUAAGUGUCAACCUCGACUGGAGAACUGGGAUUGCAGCCAAGGAUUGGGAAUCAGUUGCAAGAAAGGAGAAGAUUGAGGGUGUCGAACUCGAGCUGAGGAAACUCGAGGGUGCAGUCGAAGCCAUCCAUGAAAAUCUACUCUAUCUCAAGGACAGGGAAGCCGAUAUGAGGACAGUGAGUGAGAGAACAAACGCACGAGUUGCGUGGUAUAGUAUCAUGUCGUUGGGUGUCUGCAUAGUUGCUUCUAUUUUUCAGAUAUGGUACUUGAAGCGAUUCUUUCAGAAGAAAAAGCUUAUCUAGAGAAAUUGUUGGUGUAAUGUUGUUGCAGAAGAGAGUUUGGCAACUUAUUUAGUCUUCUUUGGUCAUACAAAGUAGAAAAGUUUUGACACCAACUGCAAACCAUGCAGGUUUGUUUAUAUUUUGUAUUUCAGUUUCUUGUUUCGCUGUUGAUUCGGUUGUUUAAAGCUGAAUAGAAUCUAGUGAGUUUUGAUUCUUGAGACUCAUCAUUGUUCACUAUCCUUUAUAUGACUAGGAAUUUUGGUGAAA